GUCCUCCUUCGAUGUGCCUCUGGUCAGCUGUAGUCCUGUUUCGUUCUUCGCAUUAGUCAUGCGCCUCAUAGAACGAACCGUCUACGUCACCUAUCAAGGGCGUCAAUAAUUACCCCGCAAUACGAGUGUUCCAAUUCCGAACAUCCUAGUUGUUGUACGUAGCUGGGGAAUACAUGCUACUGACAGCAAUGACUUCAAAUCGCGGGAUAUCGUAAGCCGCAAACAAUAUCGUCUGUUAUUCUUAUCCAUCCACAGGACAUAUGGCUAUCAAAAUACUGUACUUGGUGCACUAUGCCCAUUUCCGGUAAACGUAUGGUUUGACUGGCCGACCGUCUACCUCGGGUCCAAUAUACCGGUAUACAGACUGUCAAACAAUCCCACCACAUCAACCUAUACAUUUCCAGUCUCCUGUUUAUUUUUUGUUCACUAUCCCCUCUUCAUACAUCAGAACACCCAUAGCUUUUCAGCAUGACUGGCCGUCUCGAAUUAAAGGUCGCCAUCGUCACCGGCGCAAGCAGUGGGAUUGGGAGAGCUAUCGCUCUGAGGUAUCACGAGGAAGGGGCGUUUGUCGUUUGCUCUGACAUAAACGCCAAGGCAAAGGACAAGUCCGAGCAAGACAUUAGCACUCACGAAUUUAUCAUCAAGGAUGGCGGCAAGGCGAUAUUUGUAAAGUGUGACGUGAGAAGCGAAGAAGAGGUAGAAGCCUUAAUUAGGCAAGCUGUGGAAGAAUUCGGACGACUUGAUAUUAUGGUCAACAACGCCGGCAUUGCAUCUGAGGCAUCGCACCCUAUGCCAUUAUGGGAGCAAUCGCUGUCGAACCUCGAGACAACUCUGAACGUCAACACGAAAGGGGUCUUUCUGGGCCUGAAGCACGCUGUGAGGCAGAUGCUUGCACAAGAACCUCAUCUUAACGGAGAUCGUGGCUGUGUUGUGAACACAGCCUCAAUUUUCGGCUUAGUCGGCGUCGCCGGGAGUGCUUGCUACGUGGCGAGCAAGCAUGCCGUCAUGGGCUUGACGAAGUCCGCGGCACUUGAGUGCGCAAAGCAUAAGAUUCGUGUUAAUGCAUUAUGUCCCGGUUUUACUAUGAGUGCGAUGACUGAUGAUUUUAUGAAAAACAAGCCCGUGGCCUUACAUUAUAGCACUUUGCAUCCGCUGGGCGGGUAUGCAAGGCCGAAAGAUCUGACUGGUGCAGCAGUUUUCCUAGCUAGUGAUGAUGCCUCCUGGAUGUGUGGACAAGGACUCACAGUGGAUGGAGGUUUUACGGCGCAGUGA